AUGGAUGCAUUAAUCCUAAAUGCUGGUCAUUCGCAAUUAGAAGAACAGCUAAAAAUUGCUGCGGCUUGUGGCAUUGCAGAACGGCAGAACGGAAUGAAACCGGAGCGUUGUGAUAUUACAACGGUCAUGACAACGGAAGAUAAUAGUGAUGACAUAAUGAUAGCAGUUGCUGAAGAUAAUCAUUCAGGUUUGCAUGAUAUUAUCAUAUUUAAUGCACGUCACGUGAUAUUCUUUCCUUUUUUAAACAAUUCUUGA